AUGAUGCGGCGACUAUCGGCUCAGAUGUCCGGAGCCGGACUUGGGAUCGCCGCGAUAUCAUACGUGGCUGUUGAUUACAUGAGAUACGUGUCACCGGCGUGGCAUUCUCGUCUUCAACCAGUUCUCUGGUCGGCCCUGAUUCUCGCCGUCCUCACGCGUGUCCCGUUCUACAAGCACUGGUCUAAAGAGCUAAGAGCAGCUUUACCUUUCCUCGCUUCCGUCGUCUUCCUGCUCGGAGCUCUUCUCUUUGAAGCUCUUUGUGUUCGCUCCGUCACCGCCGUUCUUGGCCUGGAUUGGCACCGGGAAACGUCUCCACUCCCUGACACAGGCCAAUGGUUCCUACUCGCACUAAACGAGAGCCUUCCGGAGACAAUUGUUUCGAUCCUAAGAGCUCACAUCAUCACACUACACCAUUUUCUUAUGCUCUUUGUAAUGUUGGCCUUCUCGGUAGCAUUCGACUCGGUGAAACCUCCCGGUCUAGGAUUAGGCGCCCGGUACAUCUUCACCAUGGGACUAGGCCGUCUUCUAAGAGCCAUAACCUUCAUAUCAACCAUAUUACCUUCCGCUAGACCGUGGUGCGCUUCAGCCCGGUUCAAAAACGUCCCUUCUCAUCCUCAUCAAUGGGCUCAGAAAUAUUAUACCCCUUAUGCUAAAGACCCUUCUGCUAUACGCCAGCUCCUCCAUUGGGACACAGCUUAUGCUGAUCAAGGAAACUACAUUGGUGACUAUAGAGCUGAUUGGGGUGCAAUGAGCUUCCUAAGUGAGUUCUUGAGACCGAGUUACUCGGAAGGGUCUUCAUGGUUUGCUCUGCUAAAGAAAGCUGGAGGUGGUUGUAACGACCUCUUGUACAGUGGACACAUGCUUGUAGCGGUCUUGACGGCUAUGGCUUGGACGGAGGCUUAUGGAGGUUUCUCUUCAGCGAUGAUAUGGUUGCUGGUGGCGCACAGCGCGCAGAGGGAGAUACGAGAGCGGCACCACUACACGGUAGACUGCGUUGUGGCGAUUUACGUCGGUGUGCUUCUGUGGAAAAUGACGGGUUUUGUCUGGUCGGAUAAGAGGAAAACGAAGCAGGCGGAGAAGCUAGAGAAGAUUCAGAAGAGGCUGGUUCACGCUGCGAAGGAUUCGGAUAUGGAGGCUGUUAGGAGGAUUGUGGAGGAGAUGGAGGCAAGCCUUGGGGAAGAGAAGCAGAGUGGUGUCGUCUCGAAGAGGACUAUGACUGUGUUUGCUUGUGCCACAGUGUUCACAACGCUUGGUAUUGUGGUUAUAGCUUUGACUUUGACCAGCGACGGUUAA